UUUAGGUCUGAGUUGAGUUUCAGGUAUAAACUCUUUUCACUGACAGUGAAAUCUGAGCCGAGCAGCAGCAGAGUCGGUACAAACAUCACAGUCGUCUAUCGAAACAGAUGAGACGGAUCAGAUUCUUACAAUAUUUCUGAAACAACUGCAGUAAAAGUACAAUAUUUCCCUCUGAAUGUCCUGCAGAAGUAUAAAGCUGCAUUAAAAUACUUCAGUCAAGUACAAGUACUUCAAAAUCCUCCUCAGCACAGUUUCAUUCCUCAUGUGGGGGGGGUGUGUCCGGUCCACCACACCCUUCACCUGCAGCUCUGCCCACCUGAGCACCUUUAAAAGGAGGAAACUGAUCGUCUCUCCUCACUUCUCUCCUCUCCUCCCUCCACCGGAGCAGACAGACAAACAGACUCCUCCUCAUCAGCACCAUGACUUCUGUUAUGUACUCCUCUCGGAGCUCCAUGAUGGGCGGCGGCGGGAGCGGCAGCAUUGGCCUGGGGCGAGCAUCCUAUGGCGGCAUGAGCUCCUACAGCAUGGCAGGAGGAGCAGGAGGCGGCGGCGUUAGGGUCUCCCAGGCCAGCAGGAGCUUCUCUGCCAGUGGUGGUGGCGGCUACGGCUUCGGUGGUGGAGCUGGUGGAGGUGCAGGGUUUGGUUCAGGUGGAGGCUUCGGUGGUGGUGCAGGGUUCGGUGGCGGUGCAGGCUUCGGCGGAGGAGCGUUGGUGGACGACAGUGUCGUCGGCAACGAGAAGUUCGCCAUGCAGAACCUGAACGACCGCCUGGCCACCUACCUGGCCAAGGUGGCCGCACUGGAGAAGGCCAAUGGUGAGCUGGAGCUGAAGAUCAGGGGGUUUGUGGAGAGCAAGGUCGGACCCAGCACCAGAGACUACAGCGCCUUCUUUGCCACCAUCACAGAACUGCACGGCAAGAUCCAGGACGCCAUCAUCACCAAAGGUACCGUCAUGCUGAGCAUCGACAAUGCAAAGCUGGCUCAGGACGACUUCAGAAUGAAGUUCGAGAACGAGCUGUCGAUGCGUCAGUCGGUGGAGGCCGACAUCUCCGGGCUGAAGAUGCUGCUGGGAGAAUUGGGCGUGGCCAAAACCGACUUGAGCAUGCAGAUCGACUGCCUGUCGGAGGAGCUGGUGUCCAUGAAGAAGAACCACGAGGAGGACCUGCUGUCCAUGAGAACUCAGAUGACCGGUCAGGUGAACGUGGAGGUGGACGCUGCUCCUCAGGACGACCUCACCAAGGUCAUGGAGGAGAUCAGAGAACACUACGAGGCCGUCGCCGCCAAGAGCCGCAGAGAGCUGGAGAGCUGGUACCAGACCAAGGUGGGGGGACACAACACCAUUUUGGCCACGACGCCCACUACCACCACAUGCACCUCGAGAAUCACUCCAAUACGCCGGACCGGGCUCGGGGCUGAGAUACAACACAGGCAAUCAAUCAAAAUGUCUCUUGAAGCCUCGCUGGCCGACAUCCAGAGCCGCUACGGGAUGCAGUUGAGCGGGUACCAGAUGCAGGUGAGCGGCAUGGAGGAGCAGCUGGUGCAGCUGAGGGCCGACCUGGAGCGGCAGGGACAGGAGUACCAGAUGCUGCUGGACAUCAAGACCCGGCUGGAGAUGGAGAUCGCCGAGUACAGGAGGCUGCUGGACGGAGAGGGAGUCGGAUCUUCAGUCAAAUCCUCUUCAGACCUGUCCUCUUCCUCGUCCUCCACCACCACCACCACCACUACCAAAGUCAUCACGAAGGUCAUCGAGGAGACCAUUUGAGCGCAACCACACGUCUGUCCGACCCCCGGAGGAGGAGUCAAACCUCAACCUUUCCUGCGCGCUGAACGAGAGAUCGGGAACGAGAGUUUCUGUUCUGCGUCCGGCUUCAUUAUCUUUACUUUCUGCUGUCGUUCUGACCACAGUCGCCCUAAAGGUUGUGGGUCUGUGAGGGGAAACAAGCAUCCUCAAAGGUCUGAGUCGACUUUAAAGAACCUUCUUUCUGAUGCUUCUACAAAUAAAAGUCUGCUAAAGUCAACAGAGCGUGUCUGAAUGUUUCUGAGGGAAAAGCUGCAUAAACACUAAAAAAAACUAAUAAUAAUAACUGACUCGU